CGGCAGCAGCAGAACAGCCCAGGGGGAAAUUCGCUGGUGCCAGGCGAGGAGUCAGGAUAUACCUAGGUGGGCAAACGCUUUGAGCCGGCGAGAGCACUGGCCGAGCCUGCUUGCGAUCGCGUAUCUUGGGCAGCCACCAGCGCAGGGGCGCUUCGGAGGGAUGCCUGCCUGACGGAGCCCAUCCCAGGCAGAAGCCGAGCGGAGCUACUUUAGGAAUACAGAUCAAUGCCAGCGGGGCUGACUUGAGGUGGAUUUCAAUGCAUUCGGGCGCUGUGUGGAUUACCACGCCGUGAUUCCGAGGAGGAGGAGGAGGUGUGGGGAGAAACUGGGGGGCUCCCGAGGAAAGAGGCGACAGGCGUUCUUGAGCUUGGAACCAUGUGAGGAACGCUGCUGCGACAAGAGACGCACAGGGGGAGCUCUGAGGUUCACACUCCCUUUCCUCUUCACUCUCCACCACAGGAUGGAACAGAGAAAGAUCUGGCCUCGGAUAUGGGACUCCGAUGGCCGGUCAGUGGCCUUGGUGUUUCUUUUCUUGGUUUCCUUUUCACGGAAUGUCACCAGCACGCCCAUCUAUAAUACCUUCCACUCUGAGAAUCGUGAUUGGACCUUCAACCACCUGACGGUCCAUCAGGCCACUGGAGCUGUCUAUGUGGGAGCCAUCAAUCGGGUUUACAAGCUGUCUGGAAAUUUGACCAUCUUGGUAGCUCACAAGACGGGACCUGAGGAGGACAACAAGUCCUGCUACCCGCCACUCAUUGUACAACCCUGCACAGAGAUCCUGACUCUCACUAACAACGUUAACAAACUACUGAUUAUCGAUUACUCAGAAAACAGGCUGCUGGCCUGCGGGAGCCUCUACCAAGGAGUCUGCAAGCUGCUGAGAUUGGAUGACCUCUUCAUACUGGUGGAACCAUCUCACAAGAAGGAGCACUACCUUUCCAGCGUUAACAAGACUGGCACCAUGUAUGGAGUUAUAGUUCGUUCUGAGGGUGAAGAUGGGAAGCUAUUCAUUGGUACAGCAGUGGAUGGCAAGCAGGAUUACUUCCCCACUCUCUCCAGCCGGAAGCUGCCACGUGACCCAGAGUCGUCAGCCAUGUUGGAUUAUGAGCUCCACAGCGACUUCGUUUCAUCACUCAUCAAAAUCCCUUCAGAUACACUGGCCUUGGUCUCUCACUUUGACAUCUUUUAUAUCUAUGGAUUUGCUAGUGGCAAUUUUGUUUAUUUUCUGACUGUCCAGCCGGAGACACCUGAAGGAGUCUCUAUCAACUCAGCCAGUGACCUCUUCUACACAUCUCGAAUUGUGCGUCUCUGCAAGGAUGACCCCAAGUUCCACUCUUAUGUUUCUCUGCCUUUUGGUUGCGUCAAGGGUGAUGUUGAGUAUCGCCUCCUUCAGGCAGCCUAUCUUUCCAAACCAGGGGAGGUACUGGCCAGGUCCCUCAAUAUCACUGCCCAAGAUGAUGUCCUUUUUGCCAUUUUCUCCAAGGGGCAAAAGCAGUAUCAUCAGCCCCCUGAUGACUCAGCUCUUUGCAUCUUUCCAAUCCGUGCGAUCAAUGCUCAAAUUAAGGAGCGCCUACAGUCUUGUUAUCAAGGAGAAGGCAACCUGGAACUCAACUGGCUGCUAGGGAAAGAUGUUCAAUGUACCAAGGCGCCAGUCCCAAUAGAUGAUAACUUCUGUGGAUUGGACAUUAACCAGCCUUUGGGAGGCUCCAUCCCAGUAGAGGGGGUGACUCUUUACACAUCCAGCCGUGACCGGAUGACAUCUGUCACUUCGUAUGUCUACAAUGGCUACAGUGUGGUGUUUGUGGGCACCAAGAGUGGCAAGCUGAAGAAGAUUCGAGCAGAUGGGCCUCCUCAUGGUGGAAUUCAGUAUGAAAUGGUGCCAAUUUUCAAAGACGGGAGUCCUAUCCUUCGUGACAUGGCCUUCUCCACAGAUCAUAAUUACCUCUAUGUCAUGUCAGAAAAACAGGUGUCCCAGGUUCCUGUUGAAUCCUGUGAGCAGUACACAACCUGUAGAGAAUGUCUGAGCUCAGGAGACCCUCACUGUGGCUGGUGUGCUCUGCACCAUACGUGCUCCCGGAGGGACAAGUGUGAGAGAGAAGAUGAACCAUACAGAUUUGCAGCCAACAUCAACCAGUGCAUGAGUAUCAUUGUUCAACCCAGCAGCAUCCCGGUUUCCGAGUACAGCCUUCCGCUCAGCUUGCUGGUGAAUGAUGCACCUGACCUGUCAAAUGGCAUCACUUGCGUAUUCGGAAACCUCACUGAAGUGGAAGGCCAGGUUUUGGGCAAGCAGAUCAUAUGCAUUUCACCAGCAUCUAAGGAUGUCCCUGCCAUACCAGUGGACCAGGACUGGUUUGGGAUAGAGCUGCUGUUGAAAUCCAGAGAGACCGGCAAGAUGUUCGUCAGCACAGAGUUCAAGUUCUACAACUGCAGUGCCCACCAGCUGUGCCUGUCUUGCGUGAACAGUGCUUUUCGCUGCCACUGGUGUAAAUAUCGAAACCUCUGCACUCAUGAUCCCACAACAUGUUCAUUCCAAGAGGGGCGGAUUAAUGUUUCUGAGGAUUGCCCACAGCUUUUUCCUACAGAAGAGAUUUUGAUCCCUGUUGGUGAAGUGAAACCCAUCACACUUAAGGCUAGGAAUUUACCUCAGCCUCAGUCCGGCCAGCGUGGUUAUGAGUGUGUCCUCAACAUCCAAGGUGUGAUUCAUCGUGUCCCUGCUCUUCGUUUCAACAGCUCAAGUGUCCAAUGCCAGAAUAGCUCGUAUCUCUAUGAUGGAAUGGACAUCAGUAACCUAGCAGUAGAUUUUGCUGUGGUUUGGAAUGGAAACUUCAUUAUUGACAACCCAGAGGAUUUGAAAGUUCAUCUGUACAAGUGUGCAGCCCAGCGGGAAAGCUGUGGGUUGUGCCUGAAAGCAGAUCAAAAAUUUGAGUGUGGCUGGUGUGCUGGAGAAGGAAAGUGCACUUUGCGCCAGCACUGCCCCUCUCCUAUUGGUGGAUGGGGACGGUGGCUCGACUGGUCAAGCAGGAAUGUCAAAUGCUCCAACCCACGCAUCACCGAGAUCCUAACCAUGUCAGGCCCACCAGAAGGAGGAACACGAGUGACAAUUCGUGGAGUCAAUCUGGGCCUGGACUUUUCUGAGAUAGCCCACAAUGUUCAAGUGGCUGGUGUAGAGUGCACUCCGCUGGAAGACCAGUACAUUAUUGCUGAGCAAAUUGUGUGUGAAAUGGGACAGGCUGAGCCUGAAAUCAGUUCCGGUCCUGCACUUCUCUGCAUUGGAGAAUGCAAGUCAGAAUUUGUGGCCAAAUCUGCACAGCAUUACACAUUUGUGAAUCCUGCAGUGAGCUCUCUGAGUCCCAACCGUGGGCCAGAGUCCGGAGGAACUAUGGUGACCAUCACUGGCCAUUUUCUAGGUGCUGGCAGCAGUGUGUCGGUGUUACUGGGAAACCAGACCUGCGAGUUUUAUGGGAGAUCUAUAAAUGAGAUUGUUUGUGUCUCUGCACCUUCUACUCAUGGUCUAGGACCUGUGCAUGUCUCAGUCAGUGUGGAUCGGGCCCAGUUAGAGAGCAUGUUACAGUUUGAAUACAUCGAUGACCCCAAAGUUCAACGUAUUGAGCCCGAGUGGAGCAUAGCCAGUGGCCAUACGCCUCUGACUGUCACAGGAUCCAACCUGGAUGUCAUACAAGAGCCCAGGAUCCGAGUGAAGUACAAUGGCAAGGAGUCAGUCAAUGUCUGCAAAGUUGUGAAUACAACAACCCUGACUUGCUUGGCUCCCUCGCUCACCACGGAGUAUCGACCUGGUUUGGAUGCUAUUGAACGGCCAGAUGAGUUUGGCUUCAUCUUUAACAAUGUUCAGUCCUUGCUGACUUACAAUGACACCAAGUUUAUCUAUUACCCAAACCCUACCUUUGAGCUUCUGAGUGCCACUGGAGUCUUGGAUCAGAAGCCAGGUUCACCCAUUAUCCUGAAGGGUAAAAAUCUGUGCCCCCCUGCCUCUGGUGGAGCAAAGCUGAAUUACACCGUUCUGAUUGGAGAGACCGCUUGUGCUGUCACUGUCUCUGAGACCCAGCUGCUAUGUGAGCCUCCAAAUCUCACCGGGCAACACAAAGUUAUGGUGCAUGUGGGUGGCAUCAUCUUCUCACCUGGCUCAGUGAACGUGAUCUCAGACAGCCUGCUCACCUUGCCAGCUAUUGUCAGCAUUGCAGCAGGAGGCAGCCUUCUUCUCAUCAUAGUCAUCAUCGUCCUCAUUGCCUACAAGCGCAAGUCUCGUGAAAAUGACCUCACCCUCAAGAGGCUACAGAUGCAGAUGGACAACCUGGAAUCUCGAGUGGCCCUCGAAUGCAAAGAAGCUUUUGCAGAGCUGCAGACAGACAUCAAUGAGUUAACCAGUGACCUGGACCGCUCGGGGAUCCCAUACCUUGACUAUCGCACGUAUGCCAUGAGGGUGCUGUUCCCUGGCAUCGAAGACCACCCUGUCCUGCGUGAACUAGAGGUCCAAGGGAAUGGGCAGCUGAAUGUUGAAAAGGCCUUGAAGCUCUUUGCCCAGCUGAUCAACAACAAGGUCUUUCUGUUGACCUUCAUCCGUACCCUGGAGAUGCAGCGAAGUUUCUCUAUGCGUGACCGUGGUAAUGUGGCUUCCCUCAUCAUGACAGGACUUCAGGGAAAGUUAGAAUAUGCCACCGAUGUCCUGAAGCAGUUACUGUCUGACCUGAUUGAGAAGAAUCUGGAAAACAAAAACCACCCCAAACUCCUCUUGCGCAGGACCGAGUCAGUGGCUGAGAAGAUGUUGACUAAUUGGUUUGCAUUCCUUCUCCACAAAUUCCUAAAGGAAUGUGCUGGAGAGCCACUCUUCAUGUUGUACUGUGCCAUCAAGCAACAGAUGGAGAAAGGCCCAAUUGAUGCUAUUACGGGGGAGGCACGCUAUUCCCUAAGCGAGGACAAGCUGAUCCGGCAGCAGAUUGAGUACAAAACUCUAAUCUUGAACUGUGUGAAUCCUGACAAUGAAAACAGUCCUGAGAUUCCUGUGAAGGUGUUGAACUGUGACACCAUCACCCAGGUCAAAGAGAAGAUUCUGGAUGCAGUGUAUAAAAAUGUCCCAUACUCUCAAAGGCCACGAGCUGUCGACAUGGAUUUGGAGUGGCGCCAGGGCCGAAUAGCACGAGUGGUCCUUCAGGAUGAAGACAUCACCACCAAGAUUGAGGGUGACUGGAAGCGGCUAAACACCCUGAUUCAUUAUCAGGUGUCUGAUCGCUCUGUAGUGGCCCUUGUUCCCAAGCAGACCUCUUCCUACAACAUUCCCGCCUCUGCCAGUAUAUCACGGACCUCAAUUAGCAGAUAUGAUUCCACAUUUCGGUACACAGGCAGCCCAGACAGUCUCCGUUCCAGGGCACCCAUGAUUACCCCAGAUCUAGAGAGUGGGGUGAAAGUCUGGCACUUAGUCAAGAAUCACGACCAUGGUGACCAGAAAGAGGGAGAUCGGGGCAGUAAGAUGGUGUCAGAAAUCUACCUGACGAGGCUGCUAGCUACAAAGGGUACACUGCAAAAGUUUGUGGACGACUUGUUCGAGACCUUGUUCAGCACUGUGCACCGAGGCAGCGCUCUCCCACUGGCUAUCAAAUAUAUGUUUGAUUUCCUGGAUGAGCAAGCAGAUAAGCAUGGCAUCCAUGACACCGAUGUGAGGCACACCUGGAAGAGCAACUGUCUUCCCCUCCGCUUCUGGGUGAAUGUAAUUAAAAACCCACAGUUUGUUUUCGACAUCCACAAAGGAAGUAUCACGGACGCCUGCCUCUCAGUCGUGGCCCAGACCUUUAUGGAUUCAUGCUCCACCUCAGAACACCGCCUGGGCAAGGACUCCCCCUCCAACAAGUUGCUCUAUGCCAAGGAUAUACCCAGCUAUAAGAGCUGGGUGGAGAGGUAUUAUGCAGACAUUGCAAAACUCCCAGCCAUCAGUGACCAGGAUAUGAAUGCCUACCUCGCAGAACAGUCACGUCUCCACUCUGUUGAUUUCAACAUGCUGAGUGCACUCAAUGAAAUCUACUCCUACGUCAGCAAAUACAGUGAGGAGAUCAUCGGGGCUCUGGAGCAAGAUGAGCAGGCGCGCCGGCAGCGUUUGGCAUACAAAGUAGAACAGCUUAUUGGUGCCAUGUCUAUGGAGAGCUGAAGAAAGGAGCAGGAACUCCUACAACAAAGAAAAUGAAGUGGUUACUUCAAAGGUUUCUGGGAAUGAAGAGUAAAACAGGCAAGGAGGCCACAGGGAACAUACCUGAAUUACUGUGACAACCUCCGAAAAAACAACAAAAAAGCAGAAGUUGGCCCAGAUACUUAGGUCAGAACUCAUCAGAUUCCAGUUGAAAGAAUGGGAGAAAACCAAACCAAUCACAUCUGUGCGUCUCAGAAACCACUUGGAUUUGCCAAGAACUUCAGCUCUUCAAGUUGUAACCUAGAAAGAUCCUGGGAAACCUAGAUUCCUCCAUGACUGCUGCUUUGCAUGAAAGUUGUUUGAUGUAUAUUAGGAGAUAACAAAAACACUAUUUAAAGUUUUUUUCUUUGUUUUUUUAAAGAAAAAGGAAAGAGAGAAGGAAAAAAAUGAAAUGUAACAAAAACCACAGUGGCCACAUCAAAUAUCCCAUUGAAAAGAUUCCACUGCACACACUGCCCCUCCCAUCCCAUGAGAUCCUCGUUAGCGGUGGCUCAGAUGGAUGGUUCGCGAGUGGAUUCUCACGCCUUUGGGAAUGUUUGAAAAACUCCAUUAUUCCUCUUCCUGGGAACUUACAGAAAACCCCACGAGCACAAAUUUGCACCAAACCUUUUAAACAGUGCAGUUGGGGAAGUGUCCGCAAAAGGCACUUAGCAGAAAUGUAUGAGUGGAAAAGCCAUCCAGUCAUCCAACCCAUCUGUCUUGAAAUCCAACUUCAACUAUGUAUUUAUAGAGUGCGGAUAUUUUUUUAAUACUCCUUAUUUCCCAUUGGAGGGGCGCUAUGAUUUUAUGAAAGUCCUUCAUUCCUCUUCAACUUUGACACAAAACUCAACCUGUUGGGGGGGGGGGAAAUCCUCCCUGUUUCUCUGUGUUUGACAACUAUGUUCCUAAAGAAUGUCCUGUCCGUUUGAAGCUAAGGAAGUUGUGAGUGGUUUAAACUGAAAUUGGUGCAUUGUGCUAUUCUGCAGGUGCGAUUUGUGUAAAAACUAAUUGGCUUUCUUAGUUGCUUGGGAUAUGGGAUGGUUAGCUUUUGGGUUGUUGUUGUUGUUAUUGUUGUUGUUGUUGUUUUUCCCUAGUCACUAUGUGAUUUCUUGCAGUUUAAAGAAAAAAACAACCCUGUUUACAACAAGCAAUACUUGAACAGUGUAGACCUAGUGAGGCGACAUAUUUAUUGCUCUCCCUCUUCAGAUCCACUGAUCCUUAUGCGAUCGGGACAAACAGUAUUUGCAUUUUUCUCACACCAUGUGCAAGGUCAUACAGAGGUCAAGCAUAAGACUUCUCGGUCCACUGGGAGGGUGAAGUGAGGGAGUCUUCUCUAGACAAAAGGAAAUGGCACACUCUACACGCCAGUUAAUGGCUGUCUUUGUCUUUGUCCAUGUGUCUCGUCUCGGGUUAGGUUUCUUAGAUGACCCUAAGAGCCCAUUUCUUAGUGAUCAAUGGAAGGCUGAUGAUGUCUGUGAGUUGUUGUU